AUGGGCCAUGCGCAGCAAUGCCCAACUGGAUCCGGCAUUGGCAUGAUCGUCGCACGCGCAUCAACAGAAGCACCAGGUACCGGCAUAAUUGGAGGUGUGGCAGACGAUGUCGCAAGCCAAAUCCCAGGUUCUACAAUCACAUCAGUCGAUUACCCGGCAACCCUGCAAAACUAUCAAUCAUCAGAGGCACAAGGAGUUGCAGCCAUGACACAGCUCGUCCGAAAUUUUACCACAAACUGCCCAGGAGCAAAGAUGGUGUUGAUGGGAUAUUCCCAAGGCGCUCAGGUAACAAUGGAUGUGCUUUUGGCAGCCGUCGUGCUCAUGGGCGAUCCAAGCUAUACCCCCGACCAAACUUUCAAUGCCGGCACAGCUACCAACGCAGGUCGCUUCCCGAGACAAGAUGUUGCCGCCUGUGGUGCCGUGACCAGUCGCAUCGCAUCGUUCUGCAAUACUGACGACACAUUUUGUGACAGUGGGAACAAUCUUCAAGUACAUCUGAGCUACAUCCAAACCAAUGGACCUGAUGCCAGUAAAUUCAUCAUCUCAAAGGUCAAAACGAACCAAACAGCAGCGUAA